AUGUCUAAAGAAUUACCAUCACUAAAUUAUCAACAACGUCAAAAUCUUAAAUUUAUAAAACAAGAAGAUCCUCCUUUUAUUCAGGAGAUGAUGAAAAAAGUUGGAUAUCAAGAAGUAACGAUAAAUGAUAAGUUUUAUAAUAAAGAUAAUUAUGAAGAAAUUAAAGAAGAUGAGAAGGAUGAUUUUAAACCUCAAGUUGUGGUAUUAGAUAAAACUAAACAUUUGACACAAGAAGAAGUUGAUAUUGAACUUCUAAAACAAAAGGAGGCUGAAGACAAGAAAUCGAUUGAAGAAGGUAAGAUUAUAUUUAGGAAGAAGAAAAAAAUAAAUGAAGAAGGAAGUAAAAAAGAAAAAAUUAAAAAAAAUGAUUCUGAUGAUGAAGAACCAAAAAAGAAAAAAGGAAAAUCCGUAAAUACAAAUUUACUUUCAUUCUUCAAUGAUGAAGAGGAGUAUUAA